AUGGAUGACGAGGACAGAAACCUUCCUCCCCCCUUCCUCACCCUCUUUGCUUACGUUACACCAGGACCUCCUCAUGGGAGUACCACAAGGCAGCGUUCCGAAGUCCCAACAGGCUACACGGUGGUGAAAGAACUGGGAGAUGGAAGCUAUGGAACAGUGCUGGAAUGUGUGAAAAACAGCACUGAAGAGCACGUGGCUAUAAAGGUGCCCGAAAGGAACAAUCUUGACCAUGAGGCGAAAAUCCUGAAAAAGCUCAUGAGCCACAACUCAAAGGAAUCCAACAUCAUUGAGUACAAAGGAGACGUCUUCGUAGAAAAUACUCGGCUCCUGGUGUUUGAAAAGUUAGACAUCAACCUGUGGGACUAUGUGGAGAAUUUACCACAGCCGAUGCGACUGGAACACGUCCGUACAGUUAUUCAGCAGCUGGCUGUAGCUUUGAAUGCAACAAAGAGUGCUGGCAUAAUCCACACUGAUGUGAAGAUGGAAAACAUCAUGAUGGUGGAUCGCGUGAAGCAGCCCUUCAGGGUCAAGCUCAUUGACUUUGGUUUGGCCAAGUACAGGUCCAAAGCCAGGGCAGGAAAGCUAUGCCAAGGACUUGCAUAUAGAGCUCCAGAAAUCAUCCUGGGCCGGCCGUAUUCAGAGGCCAUCGACGUUUGGUCAUUAGGCUGUGUGAUGGCAAAGAUGAUGACCCAAAAUAGUCUCUUCGGAUCAGACUCAGAAUACUGGACACUCCGACACAUGAUCCAUCUGCUGGAUCUGCCGCCGCAAUAUCUCAUUGAUGCUGGCCGGAGAUCACGAUUAUUUUUUGAGAGAAUGCCAAAUGGUUGGUGGCGGCUGAAGACACCCAUAGAUUAUUUUGGGACUGAUCUCGUCCACUCCAACCCCACAGUUUACAACGAUGAACCUAGACCCUCCACCAGCCUGUCCAUCAUGGUUAGUCCUGCAGACCCUGAAAACAGAAUUAACCUGACAGGGUUGCCUGAUGAGGACAAUGACCUGAAGAGCAGUGAGUAUGAGGACAAUGACCUGAAGAGCAGUGACUAUGAGGACAGUGACCUGAAGAGCAGUGACUAUGAGGACAGUGACCUGAAGAGCAGUGACUAUGAGGACAGUGACCUGAAGAGCAGUGAGUAUGAGGACAGUGAUGAUACUGACACUGCUGAAGACACUGAGGACAGCAAGGAAAGUAAUGAUGAUGAAGAAACUGAGGUCAAUGAGAUGGAGCAGAGGAAAACAAAGAAAAAGAAGAACUGCUUCCAACGCGUCUUCUCUUUGAUAAAGAAGACAUUCUGCUGCUGCUGUGUGUCCGAUGUAAUGAACUGA